AUGCAGGAGAAGUAUCGCAUCUACGAUAUGGCCAGCGAGAUUGGCGAUGAGCGAGUAUCGCCAACAGCCAGGGUUCGCGUCUUCAAGGUUCUCCUCAACCCAAAGGCUGGCAACGGCUUGAACAAGCAGUUCUUCAAGGACGAAGUGGCGCCCGUGUUCCACCUUGCAGGCGUGGACUUUGACCUUCACGUGACAAACGGAAGCGCGGAUGUGUACCAGCAAGCAACAGAGACAGAUUUGGAAGCCUACGAUGGCCUCGUCGUGGUUGGCGGUGAUGGCACUGUACAGGAGGCUGUGACGGCGCUGCUCAAGCGGGAGGAUGCGGACAUUGCGUGCAACAAACCGCUGGGCGUGAUCCCCGUCGGGCACGCCAACACAUUCACCUCACAGUUCUUCCCACCAAACACAAACAGAAGCAUUAUGGGAGUGCGUGCAGCGCUGGGCAUUGUGCAGGACAAGCAGGGCACGUGUGACGUGAUGCAAGUGGACUGGGACGACCAAGACGUGCCGACUUACGCCAUUACGUAUGGCGAGCUGUCGUACGCACUGAAGGGGCUGCAUCACGUGAGCCAGGGCGACCUCGACUACACCAUCAACGACGGCAGACUCUUCUUCCCGCUCGCAUUGAGGGGGUGCGGCGACCCGUCCUCGCUCGGCUCCUCAUCCACCAAGCACUGUCAGGUUCCGUCUGGGUCGAAACUUGGCGUUGCACGGGCGCCCGCGAAGAAAAUCACGCCCCCAUAUGCGCUCUCCCCGUUCAAGCGGCCCGAGACAUACAUCAGAUACAUCGAAUCACAGGACCAGGCGGGUGUCUACGAUCUGGAUACAGAGGACGAGAUUUGGCGCAAGCUGUUCAACGAGAGGCACCGCUUGAAGGACGGGGUUGAGAUUUCAUACCACCACAUGUCACGCGCCAUCUUUGAGUUUGAGCGAGCGGCGUUCCGCGGUAUGACCAAGGCCGGCGGCAAGGCGAGCUGCCACGGACUGGAGUAUGACGAGAACACCGUGUGCGACGUGUGCCAGCUUCCCGACUCGGAGGAGGGCAAUGAGAUGGUGUUUUGCGACGGCUGCAACCUGUGUGUGCACCAGGUGUGCUACGGUAUCAAGGUCAUUCCAGAGGGCAACUGGUACUGCUGUGCGUGCAGUCUUGGCGCAGCCCACCUCUCCUGCCACCUCUGCUCUGGAAAAGGCGGUGCGCUGAAGCCGUGCAGCGGCGGAAAGCACUACGCACACGUCCGAUGUGCAAUGUGGAUCCCAGAGUCUUCCAUCGUCGACCCGGAUGUGAUGGAGCCCAUUGACAUCUCCGAGGUCCCCGCCGACCGCUACAAGCUCCUCUGCACCCUCUGCGGCCAGCGCACGGGCGCCUGCAUCCAGUGCAUCGUUCCGACGUGCACGACGGCGUUCCACGUGACGUGUGCGACGUCUGCCAAGCUUCGGAUGGAGCUUGAGAUUGAGGACGACUGUGUGUACCGCCACGCGUACUGCAACCGCCACCGCAACGCCGCUGCCCGCCACCCGGGGGCCCAGCGCGUCGCAGCGAUAUGGAUGGGCGCUGGUAGUGACGACGACGAUGACGACGAUGAUGGUGGUGGUGGCGGUGGUGAUGAUGAUGAUGAUGAUGAUGAUGAUGAUGAUGAUGAUGUGGCUGUUGACUUGCGAGGUCGCAAGGGACGCAGAGGCGGUAGCGGUGGAGGAAGCCAGAAGACGACGAAGAAGCAGCAGAGGAAUAAGCGUGAGAAUGGUCACCACCACAGCCGUGCCAACAACGCGCAAUCAUCCUCAUCAUCCUCAUCCUCACCGUCAAGAAGGAGCCAACAGCGACACCAGCAGCAGCAGCAGAGCACAGCAGGGGCAGCGCCGCCUGUUGCAGAGUUUUGCUCGCACGUCGACGUUGUCGACGUUGCGGAGGAGUUGGACGCUCCGCUCGAAGUUGCCCGCGCGGUCUUUGCAUUUUGGGUCCAAAAACGGCGACGGCAGCAUGGAAAGGCCCUGAUGCGCCAGUUUGUGCCGGCGAUGAUGAAACGAACGCCGUCUGUCUACGGCGAUCCAACUACGGUCAAGAAGCAGAUCCACAAGAUCCGUCUCUCGCUCGAGCGGGCGCGGUCGCUGUGUGAGAUGACGCGUCGGCGCGAAACGAGAAAGCGCGAUCUCAUCUCUGUCUUUGAGGAGAUGUUCACCGCCAACGUCGUGGCCCUCUGUGACCCAUCGUCGCCCCCGCCAUCGCCCAUCACCACUGGAGCGAUUGCGGCAGCUGCGGUAACGCCCCCACGGUCACGCCCCCCGUCGCCACCCAUCAACAUGGCGGCGCUGGAGUCGUGCUGCGGCAAGGAGAUGGCGCAGUGGAUUGCAAGCACCGCAAAGCGCAGGGAACCAGCGCUCUCGGUCCCAGCGAGUGCAGCACGGCCGUCAACAGCACAACAGCGCGCGGGCGAUGCCAGGACGCGAACACGCGAGCGCACACGGCGAAGCGGCAGGCUGCACCCGCACCGUGAUGGUGGCGGUGCUGGUGGUGGUGGUGGUGGUGGUGGUGGUGCUGAGAGGCACGCGACGGAGACGGAGGCGAAAGAAGCGAAGCAGCAUGAUGAUGGACAGAAGGGUGAAGGGAGUGCGAAAGCAGGCAAGGGCAAAGGACAGCCGCGACAGCAGCAAGAAGAGGAGAUGAAACAAGCCAUGGUGGAGAUUAUUGAGAAGAUGCAGAAGCACUCGGAAGCAACACACUUUCAAUUCCCUGUCAACCUCAGCUACUACCCGGACUACGCGAAGGUGAUCAAGUCGCCCAUGGACCUGGCAACGCUCCAUUCCCGCGCCACCUCCAACGCGUACAGCACAUAUGCGGCCUUUGCCGCCGACGCAGAGCUCAUCUUUGACAACUGCAAGGCGUACAACCUCCCCGACAGCGAUAUCGUUCGCUCUGCAGAGAAACUACGAGCCUAUUUCCACAAGCUUCUCUCCGCUGUUGCCCCGCACAUCCGGCAGAGGUCAACGAAGAAGAAGACAAAGAAACCCGCACCGCACAUGUGCCCCACAUGUGGCAAAGCGUUCACGUCAGUUGCACGCCUGUCCCGCCAUCAGGCUCAACAUCGCUCCAAAGCAGCAACGUCGUCAUCAUCAGCGGCAGCAGCACCCACUAGCAAGUCACCACCGUCAUCAUCCUCAUCCUCAUCCUCAUCCACUGUCGCCGAUUGGUCGAGCCCUGCUGAUGCAGCGAAGCGGCGGGCAACAUCGCCAAAGUCAUCGGCGAAGCGCGCGCGCAGGCGCUGACACAGCAGCAUGUGUGUACAUGUGUGUGUGU